UAUCCACAGUGAUGACGUCAAUUGGGGGCGCUAAAACGGUGGCUCUCCAAAAAUAAAAAGCGGAGAAGAAGGAGAGCGCUGCGGUAUCAGAGAGAAACAGGAGCGGAUCUGCUGAAGAAUGAUCUCCUGCUCCGGAUGACCAAGUGCCUUCCUGCACAUAUCUAAGUAACAUCCACAAACACAUGAAGAGGCUGCUAAACUUAAUUAAGGCUGAAUGUGAGAAUAUGAUGUCCAGGAGCUCCAGCAUUCAGAAAACUUCCUCUGCUGCUCUUCACAUGAACUCACCUUGCAAACCAACACAAAAGAUUACAGGCAAAAAAAGAGCUCACUACUGCUCAGAGUGUGGGAAAAGUUUUACAACACAGGGUAGUCUCAAAACACACCAGCGCAUUCACACAGGAGAGAAACCGUAUCACUGCUCAGACUGUGGAAAGAGUUUUACCUUAUUGAAUCAUCUCAGAACACACCAGCGCAUUCACACAGGAGAGAAACCGUAUCACUGUUUAGAGUGUGGGAAGAGUUUCACAGAAGGUGGUACCCUCAAGAAACACCAACGCAUUCACACAGGAGAGAAACCGUAUCACUGCUCCGAGUGUGGGAAGAGAUUUAGUCAACAGAGUCAUCUCCAAUCACACCAGCGCAUUCACACAAGAGAGAAACCGUAUUACUGUUCCGAGUGUGGGAAGAGUUUUGCUAUACAGAGUAAUCUCCGAAAACACCAGCGCAUUCACACAGGAGAAAAACCGUAUUACUGCUCAGAGUGUGGGAAGAGUUUUACUACGCAGAAUCAUCUCCAAAUACACCAGCGCAUUCACACAGGAGAGAAACCUUAUCACUGCACAGACUGUGGACAGAAUUUUAGAGAAAGUAGUGACCUCAGAAAACACCAGCGCAUUCACACAGGAGAAAAACCGUAUUACUGUUCAGAGUGUGGGAAGAGUUUUGCUGUACAAAGUAGUCUCCAAAUACAUCAGCGCAUUCACACAGGAGAGAAACCGUAUCAGUGCUCAGAUUGUGGGAAGAGUUUUACUGUACAGAGUAAUCUUCAAAGACACCAGCGCAUUCACACAGGAGAGAAACCGUAUUACUGCUUUGAAUGUGGGAAGAGUUUUAGAGAAAGUGGUGCCCUCAAGAGUCACCAGCGGAUUCACACCUGAAAGAAACUGCAUCAUUGCUCAGUGUGGGAGGAGCUUCAGACUUUCAAAUUUUAAGACACAUGCAUGAUUCGAUGUUUCAAAGUCCUCUUAUGAUUAAGGGACACAACAGACUGUGUACUCUGCCUGGGAAAUGGGUUACAUGGACCUACCUCCGGAGCCAGGACUAGGGUUAGUACUUCUUGGCAAGCACCUGGUUGCAGGGGAGCCCACGUCACCUGGCCGGGCUCAGCCCAAAAAUGCAACGUGGGGGGGACCAAGUGGGCCCACCACCCACAAGAUCCAGCAUGGGGGACCAGUGCAGUGCCAUAUAGGUGGUGGGAGGUGGCAAGGAGGACCUUGGCGGCACAGACUCCUGCACUGGAAACUGGCUCUUGGCAUGUGCAAUGUAACCUCACGGGGGGAAGGAGCCAGAGCUUGUGCAGAAGGUUGAGAGGUACCAAGUAGAUAUCGCUGGGCUCAUCUCCACCCACAAUGCCUGCUCUGGAACCAAACUCCUUGAUAAGGGAGUUUGCACAAAGUAGCACAGGAGUAGCACAGAGUGAGAGGCAGUGGGUGGGUGUGGGGAUACUCACAAGUCCCCAGCUGGCUGAUGUACAGUUCGAAAUUGCCCUGAUGGACGAGAGGGUCGCCUCAAUAAAAAAUUAACAUCGCAAGGAGGAAAACUCUUGACUGGGUGUGCCUAGGCACCAAACAACAGUUCAGAGUAUUCAACCUUCUUGGAGCGAGUGGGUGGGCUCUGGAAAGGGCCCCACCUACAGACUCCAUAGUCUUGCUGGGAGACUUCAGUGCUCAUGUUUGCAAUGACUGGGAAACCUGGAGAGGGUGAUUGGGAAUGCCUGCUCUAAACUUAAAUGGUGAAUUGUUAUUGGACUUCUGUGUUAGUCAUGGAUUGAGUUGAGUUAUGCUGUUCUCACUGAAUAGAAGAAAACAUGGUUUAGUAUUUUGGUCAGGCUUCAGUUGUAGAAGAGAUUAUCAAGGUCUUAUUGUCUGACUAUGUAUUGAUGUAUAACAUAUUCGCAGUAUAUAUUUUCUGAGCUUUAUUCCUGCAGUUUCUUUUUUUAUAAAUAUUACUAGGCAUGUGUUUUUCAACUUAAUAUCUGCCUCAUAAAUUGUUGCAUCAUGCAGAAUCAAGAAUAAUUUUAAUGAACUUGCACUGUUCAUUUUCUUUGCACACCUCAGUGUCAUUUUUGUUUUGGUUUACCUUUGCUGCAUUAAAUUAAACCCAAAUAAGACCACAAAAAGCCACAGUAGAUGAUGUGGACCUUUUCACAUUUUGUGACUAGUUAGAAGACACCAAAACAUUCAUAAAAUGUUCUAUUUUGACAUUCUGAUUUUUUUUAUUUGGAUUUGGAUCACCUUCAGUUGAGAGUACAAUGAGCACCAUCUUUGCUGCCACUUGUCUUUGUUUCUAUAAAGCUAUCUGUCCAGGCAGGUUGGAAUUCCACUAGUUUAUUCAGGCACCAUUUACACUCUAGUUGUCAGUUUUAAAACUUGAGCAUGACCCAUUGUACCAUGUGGCAAGCUUUCACUGCCCUAUCCAGUGUUGGUUUUUUUGUUUGUUAUACUGUCUUUCUCUGUUCGGAUUUCCCAGUGUUUGAGUCUUUGGAUUACUGGCUCAUGGAUUUUGCAGAACAUGCUUGUUGAUGGAUGCACAUACCUCUGCAAUUUGAGUGUUUUUAUUCAGGUCACAUGGCCACAAAUCAGAUAUGUAUCUGAUCCAGAAUUAAAAAAAACUUCCAAAGGCUGACACUAUUGAUUAGGCCUCUGUCAUCAACCCAAGAACAACCUUAAAUGUAAAUACAAAGUUUUUCCUGCUUAUUCUAUCCAAGGUUGGCAUGGUGAUUUGUUCUGAGCUGCUGUGACACCAUAUAUAUUACUCAUACGUUCAGAGGGAACUUUUUCUGUUCUUUCUUGUGUGUGCAAGGAAUGUGCUGGAUUGUAACAAAUCAGCUACUCCUUACACAUUAGGCCUAGGUUUGAUCUUUAUUUCCUCAAGAGAUUUAUUAUGUGCAUAUAUUAACACUUUUGGUUAGUUAUGUCACAGUUAUGUGCAACCAAUGUUUUGUACCUUCUUCAUUCUUUUGCCCAAUGAUAUGUAACUCCACUUUUGGGGACUGUAUAACCUCAUGUAAAUUUGGCCUUUCUGGGUUCUUACUUUGAGCUUCUUCCCAGCUGUGAGUUUCAAUAAACAUAUUACUUUGAUGAUUUAAUUGUUGCUCUGUGAUAUGCUGUUAGCUUUAUUAGAGAUGGCCACCACAAUGUAUAUUCUACAUUGUUUUUGUCUUAUUAUUUUAAUUAAAUAUUGUAAGUUAGUAAUUAUGCAUGUACCUUGUAGCAGAAAUUCAAAUAGACUAAGACAAUUACUAUGAAUAAGACUAUUACUAUAAAAUUUUCCUUCAGAUGGAAAAAAAAACUUCUAUAAUUCUGUUUCCAUGGCAUAGUCUUUUUAGUGUUAACCAUCAAGUAUACCCCAAAUAUUUCUAUAAUAAAUUGAUUUCUGUUGUUGCA